GAGAGGGUCGAAUGCUCGGAUGAAAUAAAAAACUGGCGACUGGGAUGGCAGUCUUUUCUCGUACUACUACUGCACAUCGUAUCGUGAUUAUAUCUGUAUUAAAAUGAAAGUAAUUUUUAUUGUUGCCAGUAAUGCGAGAUUUGCUGUUCAAUAUUUUGUCAGCGUGUUUGAUCCCGUGUAGAGAAUCGAUACCGCUUAUCGUAGAUGCAAAGUCGACUGCUUCAACCCUGGUUUUGAUUAAUCCGAGUUCUAUCUCAUUCAUAACAACAUAUCGAAGCAGUUGCACAUUUUACUCCCUGGCUGCACCACCUCCAGUUCGUCACCGUGCUGCCCCGCAUUAAUGCACUGACAAACUAAAUAAUCGACGUCAAAGCUGUCAAACAUGGCGAACGGUCUGUGAUAUCUAAUUGACAUGUAAAAAUGUGAGCGAGCACGGGGAGGAAGCAGUUCGCGGUUCAGUUCUUGUUUAAACUAUUCACAAACUCCCGUAUAAUGUAAAUGUAUCAAGUGCUCCUGGAGGUUGAUGCGCGAAGCAGUUGACCUCGGCGUACUUUCAGCCGGGGCAGAAUAUAAGGGUAUGUUAACCGAGGAACUAUGGGUGCUCAACAGACUAAGGAUAGAGUGAUUCCCACCGGGUCUGCCGUACGACAAACUCGGAAACAGCCCAGAAACCCGAAGGAAUCCAGGCUCAUUGGAUCGAACAUUUUUACGGAACACAGCGAGGCAUUACUACAGAGUAGACCUCUACCUCAUAUACCAGCCUUACCUGAAGGAGAUCCACCUAGCGGUUCAAGUUCUCAAUCACUUUCCCAACAGUCCAGCCUGCAGCAGCAUAGUAGCGUCACUACUACAGGACUUCUGGAAGCUGCUAAUCGAUGGACAAGCAAAGAAAAUCUUCUGGCUCAAGAAGAAGAUGAUCCGCAAUUAUUUGUAGCGUUAUAUGACUUCCAAGCUGGUGGUGAAAAUCAACUUAGCCUUAAAAAAGGGGAACAAGUUCGUAUAUCAAGUUACAACAAGAGUGGAGAAUGGUGUGAAGCCCACUCCAGUACAGGCCAAGUUGGCUGGGUUCCUUCAAAUUACGUAACCCCCGUGAAUUCGCUGGAAAAACAUUCGUGGUACCAUGGGCGAAUAUCAAGAAAUGCUGCAGAGUAUCUGCUCAGUUCGGGUAUAAACGGAAGUUUCUUAGUUAGAGAAUCAGAGAGCAGUCCUGGGCAACGAAGUAUUUCAUUACGAUAUGAAGGGCGCGUUUAUCAUUACAGAAUAAAUGAAGACAGUGAAGGAAAGAUGUUUGUUACAACGGAGAGUAAAUUCAAUACGUUAGCUGAGUUGGUUCAUCAUCAUUCCAUGCUGGCCGAUGGUCUGAUUACUCAGCUACUUUAUCCAGCCCCCAAGCGCAACAAACCUACCGUUUUCCCACUAAGUCCAGAACCAGACGAGUGGGAAAUUAAUCGGACAGACAUAGUAAUGAAGCAUAAAUUAGGCGGGGGCCAAUAUGGCGAUGUAUACGAGGCAUUAUGGAAAAGAUAUAACAUGACAGUCGCAGUGAAAACGCUGAAGGAGGACACAAUGGCAUUGAAAGACUUUUUGGAAGAAGCGGCGAUAAUGAAAGAGAUGAAACAUCGAAACUUGGUACAGUUGAUAGGUGUCUGUACGCGAGAGCCCCCAUUUUAUAUAAUUACUGAAUUUAUGAGCAAGGGAAACCUUCUCGACUAUUUACGAAACGAGAGUAAACACCAAAUCAAUGCUGUUGUCCUAAUGCACAUGGCUACACAGAUAGCCAGCGGUAUGAGCUACUUGGAAAGUAGGAACUUCAUUCACAGGGAUUUAGCUGCACGCAACUGCUUAGUUGGAGAAAAUCAUCUAGUGAAAGUUGCAGACUUCGGUUUAGCUCGACUUAUGAGAGACGACACUUAUACAGCCCAUGCAGGUGCGAAAUUCCCGAUUAAAUGGACUGCUCCAGAAGGAUUAGCUUACAACAAAUUUUCAACAAAAUCAGACGUGUGGGCUUUUGGAAUAUUACUGUGGGAAAUAGCAACCUACGGAAUGUCUCCAUAUCCAGGUGUCGAUUUAACCGAUGUUUACCACAUGCUGGAAAAAGGCUAUCGCAUGGAAUGUCCACCCGGCUGCCCACCGAAAGUGUACGAAUUGAUGAGGCAGUGCUGGAAAUGGUCUGCUUCAGAACGUCCAUCCUUUAAGGAGAUACAUCAUUCUCUGGAAAAUAUGUUUCAAGAAUCAAGCAUUACAGAGGAGGUAGAGAAGCAGCUGCAAGGAGGCGGUGAAAUCCCAUUACUUUCCUACAAAAAAUCUCAGACUGGAAGUACCGGAAACAUUCAUGGACUGGUUCUUGUCACAGAUCAAUUAUCUUCCUCAAGUUUGAUUCAAGAUAAUGCGUCAGUCAACAAGCUAAGUACAUUCAUGGGAGGUUUGUCAAGCAAAAGUAAUAGUAAUAUUGUACAAAUGCGCCGUUCCACAAAUAAAAAAGGGAAACAGGCACCAGCGCCGCCGAAACGCACCAGGUAUAUUGAAACGCCUCUGAUCUUGUUGUCUUCGUGUAGUUCUUUUCGUGACUCAGCGUAUCAAGAGCAAGAUCAACAAAAUACGGAGUUGGGGACAGUUACGCUUGAUGACGGCACAGAUCUAAAUGGUAUUGAUAAGAUUUUUGAAGGUAUCACACGAGAUCUUGUGACAAUGGCUACACAGUCUAUUACCACAGGAGGUUGUGAAGCAGACGAUGAUGGAGAUGGAUCACAGGAAACGGCGGAGCAUAAUUAUGUUCCACAGCCAUCAACCUCGCCAGAACCUUUAACCAACGCACAGAGCAAUCAGAAACAAAUAAAAACACGACCGUACCCAUCUAAGGACACCCUACCACAGAAGCUAGUGCAAGUAGGAGCUCUGGAGGUGCAAAAUGUUAAAAGGGCAAUUAAUCGAUACGGCACUUUACCUAAGGGUGCACGGAUUGGGGCGUACUUGGAAUCUCUGCGACAGAGCGGAAUUCCAUCAAAUCAGGAAGGAGUCGUUGCGUCGACUGCUUUAGCUACAUCGAUCGAGCAGCAUGAAAUUGCUAAUUCAUUGGACACUCCUCAACAUCGCUCACUCUCCCCACGCCAAAACAAUUUACGCAAUCAGCCACAAAUGACUCGCAGCAAUUCUUCCAGCGGUGUCGUUAGCACCUAUCAGCCUCCCAGCUCUCCUCGGAGUAGGGCGGUUACAGCUCGUAAGACUAAUUCUGAAGGCGUAGGUUUCAGAACAUUUCGAGCCCCAAAUACUUCUUCUUUUAGAACUGCUAGUCCCUCAAGAGCAGUUCAACCAACACUUGCGGACUUGGAAUUCCCACCACCACCUUUAGACUUGCCACCACCGCCUUGCGACAUGUUCAGCACAAGCAAUCCUUGCGACUUAUUACCACCAGUGAGCGCAUCUCCCGGAAGUGACACGUCACACGCAAAAAUAGCUGGUUCACCUAUCGGUAUAAGAAAAGCAAACAACGAGCGAAAAUCUAAGGAUGACUCGAACGAAGACCCCGAUGAAAGAAAUAACGACGUUAGGAAUACAGAGCCGUCAGUGAGAGAAGCCAGCUCCAGAUUUGGUGUCAGUUUAAGGCGCAGAGAGCCUUCUAGCGACCUAGGUUCCAAUGCAGGCAAACCAGCGGAAGAGAAGAAAGGUACGUUUAAAACUAAAGAAUCCUCUAGUUUCAAAAUGGAAGCUAUUAGUUCCAUUUCCCCACCUGAAGAAGCGCCUCCUCCACCACCACCACCUCCACCUCUUCCUUUGGCCGAAGAUAGCGUUGAUACAUUCAUUUCAAAGCCGGGAAUGAAGGAAAUGUUAGAACUAAAGUUAAUCAACGAGAUUAAACAAAGUGCAGACAUGAAGUAUGGUAAUCCGACAAAAAAAACUAACAAUCCGAAUAACUCGUCUUCGGCACCAUUAGAUCCUGCGUCUCAAUUGCUUUCUGAACUAUGUGCAAGUUUUAGCAUGGACACCAACAGACAGAACCUACAGAACGAAUACGCGACUACUACUCCAAAAAAUGUUGAAGCACCAGGCAGCGUGCACGAUCGCGUAGUAAAUUCGCGGAGUUCGACGGAAAAAUAUGGUACCUACAAGGACACGCGUGUAUCGUCACCAAUUACAGAGGGCAUUUUGAACGCAGGAAACGUUGGUUUCAAAUUGAAAAAAGUUGACAAAAGAAGUAAUUCUCAAAAGGACGAGGUUGUCGAAGGGCAGAUAAUUGAUUUCAAAGCAAGACUGAGAAAAGUAGAUAAUGCUGAUAAGUCUGAUGAAAAGAGUAAACGUUCCGACGAAAUGGGUGGGAGCAUGUUGGUGGAAUCUGUUGCAGAAUCAAUAACUGACGAUCAAAUGGAUGACAAACGACGAAGUACUGGGAGCAUAAGUAGUUUAAAGAAGUUGUGGGAAAACAAAGAAGCAUCUGGCGAUAAUCAAGCGCUUAGUCCUAAAUUGAGUACCAAGGGUGGUAGCAGGCAAGAUAUAGAUCCUGGUGAGGAUUCUCCUGAAGAUCACAGUGCGGCUUCAACACGCAGUUCAACCAGCAAGGGAGACCCCAGAGUCUGGCCACCGACGUCAUCAACAGACAUUGAAAAACCUGUUGUUCCUGCCAAACCAGCAAAACCCUUGGUAUCCACCAGCAAGCAUUUCGGUUCUUCAAUUUACGCAACACCAAAUUGUAAUAAAUUUUCAUUACCUUCCGAAGAGGAAACGUGCAAGCAAAGCAACGACUCUAAAAGUGUUAAGAAUAAUGUAUUGGAAAUAUCAAACGCUAUUGAAUCCAGUAUACUAAAUUUAAAAGGAAGCCCGACUAUUGUAAUAGCCAAUUGGCUACAACUUUCUGACAAAGUUGGACUUCUACACGGAAAAUGUGCGAACCUUACCGAUAUUGUUAUAGCACCGCAAGCAAGGUUUCAAUUUCGUGACUUACUUACUCGGCUUGAAUUACAAGCCAGGCAAUUGAGAGCUGCUGGUACGCGAAACGUGACAGAGAAUUCAAGACUUCUUGGUGAAGUACAGAACACGAUAAAAGAUGUACUGAACACAGUGCAAAGAUAAAGAUAUUGAUAGCAAAGAAAUCAAAUACGUUGUUUAAACCAGUUCUUUUAUCAUUUUUGCGUGAGGUCAACAAGAGAGAGGACUAUUGUAUUGAUUGACUUGACGGCGUAUCUAAGUCACUAGUAAUGUUGUCCAUACAUGGACUAAUUCUCCUCCUGAUAAGCAGAAACCGCGAUUUAUUUCGCGACAUCGAAUAUUAACUAAUGUGAAUAAAUCUUAAAAUUUAUUAAUUUUACAACAAUAAAUAAUAAUCAUCUGUACCAAGUAUUAUUCAAGGGAAAUUAAUAUUUCUCUGAAUCCAAAACUCAAAGAUCCGAUAAGAUAAUUUUCAAAGCCCAACGUUUGAGAUGAAUUGUUCUCUAUUAUAUUCGUUCCUAUUUACUUCUAAUGAGCGUCUCAUACUAGUUUCACGUAAGUGAUUUCAUUCAUUGUCUCCGAGAAGAAAUCGAUUUCUUAUUGUUUUAAUUUUAUCUCAGUAUUGAUUCGAAUUUAUUAUUCUUUACAAAUGUCUAUUCCGAAGAGUAAACACAAAGUUGAAAAAUAUGCACGCAUUUUCUGUGUGGUCCGAAUUUAAAAUUCAACAUUUCAAACUGUUGAUAGAGUGAAAAAAGGAUACCAUAUCGCAGGUUAAAUAUAGGAAACACAAAUAGAACGUUAUUAAACAUAAUUCGGACCAAAGCCAUUAAAUACUGCUAGGUAUUAGUUAUUUUAAAGAAAUUUUUUUUUAAUACUUAGGUUGCUGAUUACCUAUGAUCAUAAACCAUCCCAUUUUACAUGUAACUUUUAUACACAUACGUGAAUAUCGCUUAGACUAUUAUAUGCGAGAUUUUAGACUAGAUUAUUAUAAAUACGGAAGAUACUUGUUAAGUCAUUUUAUGUGUACCGUGGGACAAUAUAACACUUUUGUAUUUGUAUAGAACAAUUGUAUAAGUAUACAUAUAACAAUGGCUAUAUUAAUUCGAUGCCUAGGCAUAUAAAUUAUCUGGAAAUCAAUUUAAAUACAAUUAUACAGGACCUUAGUGUAAACGUGCUGUAAUUUUCAUCAGGGGAAUAGAAACAAAUGUUCUUCCAAAUUAUGAGGAAUGCAAUAGUACUCU